AUGGGUUGCUUUGCUUUACCAGGAGGACAUGUUGAAUAUGGAGAAGAUCCAUAAAUAUGUGUUUUAAGGGAGUUAGAAGAAGAGUGCUAAAUAGUAGGAAAUAAUCCCAAAUUAUACGAUGUAAGAGGAAAACCAGAUCGUGAUGUUAGAUACCAUGUUGUAUCUAUUAUAUAUUGGGUAGAAAUAGAUAAUAAUAGUGAACCAAAAGCAGCUGAUGAUGCUGCUUCUGCUUCUUUUUAUGAUAUUGAUUUAGUAAAAAAAAUUACUAAAGAGAAAUUUGCAUUUGAUCAUUAUGAAAUGUUAUAAGAAAUAAUAUAAAUAGUUGAAAAAUAGUAAUGA